AUGAAAAUAACCUAGCAUCUUCUUAAAGCUUACAAUACUCCAACUAACCUCAUUGACUUUACUAAGAGAGGCAUCUUCGGCAAGAUCUUUACUUAAAGAGAAUAGUUCAAAAAGGAACAAGCAAAGUUUGGUAAGGAUAGAGGUGAUUCAUAUCGUAUGGAAUAUGAAAAGGAUCUAAAAGAAAGAUCUGAAAGAAAGUUAAACUGGAACAUUAAAAAUAGAUGGGAGCAAAGAGAUUUAGAUGACAUUUUGAAGAAUCAGGAUAUUAAGAGUUUGAGAUUCAGAGAUUUCUCUCAAAUGGCUAUGAAUAGCUAGUAUGCCAAAGACAUUUAGGAAUUUUCAUCAGUAGAUGAGAUAUAUUAUUACAUGGAGACUAUGUUCUCAGAGGGGUUUACUGAGAAACAUAUCUGUAUUGCACUUGAUAUCUUCUUGAGAGAUGCUGCACAGUUUCAAGAUAAAGAUCUCUAAACCACAACCUUCAAAUAGUUUGUAAGAGAGCUUGGUAAAAACUUGAUCACUUUUAAAGACGAGAAAAGCUAUAUUAAAGCUGCAAAGUUCCUCGAUAUAUUCUGCAUCGAUGAUAAAUUUUUGUGGAUUAAUCUUGAAUUAUUCCUUAUGAAGAAAGAUAAUUUAUUCACUCCUAAGGGCAUGGUUGAUUUAAUGAGUCAUUUCUCAAGUUAGAAUGAGGGCUCAAGAGAUUUUUACGAUUUUUACGAAUUCUUAUUCCUUUCUAAAAAAUUCGAUAAACUUAAUACCCAUGACUUUAUCUCACUAGGCUAUAAUUUUUAUACUGUGCAUGCUGGAACUGUAAACUUUUUCUAACACUAUUCUGAUGCAAUGGCUGAACGAUUAAAUGAUAAGGUCACAACUUAUGAUUUGCUAAGAGUACUUUAAACUUUUUCAGAAAUAGCGCAUAAAUUCCCUAAGCUAUUCACAUAAUUAGAGAUGAUAUUCUUAAAGAGAUUUGAUUAGAUGACAGUAGAUGAAAUGACUUGUUGUGCUGCUGGUUUCGCUAUAUCUGGCUUUGGAUCAUAAUAUCUCUUUACCCUUAUGGAAUAAGGCAUUUUUGCUAAUGUUGAGGCGUUCUAGGCAGAAAAUAUUAAAGAGAUUUGCAAGGCAUUCAUUUUUUCUCAAAGGGGGUCAAAGCAGCUACACAACUUCAUGCUGCCUAGGAUUCAAUAAUCACUCGAAUCAUUUUCAUGCAGAGAGCUGUGCUACCUGCUACAUGGCUAUUUCAAGAAAGACUGCUUGAAUAAGCAAUUUGCUAAGACUAUUGAAGAAUAAGUGGUUAAAACUUUAAGACUGACUAGUGCUAUUCAACCUGAUGAAAUUGCUUUAAUUACUAAAGUAUUUUGCACCACAAGGACAGGCUCCAGAGAAUUUCAUAAAUUAUUAGAGACAACUGUGCUUUCUAGGCUUGAAGAUUUAAAAAAGAAUAUGGAUAUUCUGUAUCAAAUUGGCUAUAAAUUUGAGGAGAGUGGGUUAUGCUCACUUGACACUUUAAAGCUUCUUAAGAAACAUGUCUUCAUGUAGGAACUUGAGAAAGAUGUAUUUAAUUGA